GUCUGAGUAGCUCCGGGUUUCUGCUUUGAGCUCGUACAGUGUAGAAGGUAUUUCUCUCUCUCUCUCUCUCUCUUUCAACAGAAUGAAGCUGCUGAAAUUCAUCUUAAUCAUCCACGUGAACUUUUUUUGUCAAGCUUUGAAAAAUGGAACCACUGAAAACGACCCGUCUGAUGUCCGUGUGAGUGCAGAGGGAAAUAACACAAAAAUCAGCAAUGACCCUUACGUCUACUCUCUUGGUAAAAAAUGCAAGUGGACACUCAGGGUGCCUAGGAACAGGAGCAGUGACAUAAUGGCGCUCACAGAUGACUCUGUGAAUGGGUUGUCUGAACAGAUCUGUCAGGAUCUUAAAUGCGGCAGCGUCUAUUUUAUUAAUAAAACCACCUCACCUGGCGACAUCACCUGCUUUCAAAACUGUUCAUACCAACACGGACGUUUGGAGAACUGUUCACUGAGUGUUGGAAGUUCCUGCAGUGUGAUCCAUGAAGUGGUUUGUGCACACCAGCUUGUGCGGCUGGCAGGAGGGACAGACCGCUGUGCUGGACGAGUGGAAGUAUGGAAAAAUCGGCAGUGGGGCACCGUGUGUGACGACGACUGGGACCUGAAUGAUGCUCACGUGGUGUGCGCUCAGCUCGGCUGUGGUUACGCCCUCAAUGUGACGGGCCAAGCCGGCUUAUUUCCCCCGGGGAAAGGACCCAUCUACCUGGACGAUCUGAACUGUACGGGCAAAGAGGAGAACCUGUGGAGCUGCCCGGCUACACAGGAGGAGGAUCAAGACUGUGGACACAAAGAGGACGCUGGUGUCGUGUGCUCAGAGAUGCGAGCCCUCAGACUGACUGGAGGUUUGGACCACUGCUCUGGUAAAUUGGAGGUCCAUCGUAACGGCAGCUGGUGGACAGUGUGUGAUAACUGUUGGAAUAAACAUUUGGCCUCUAUGGUGUGCUCCAUGCUGGGCUGUGGUGAUAAAGUGGAAAAGGUCAGCCAGUUUAGUCCUUCACUCAGCCACAACAACGGCUCACUGUGGUACUUUCAGUGUAAUGGACAGGAGCGGAACCUUUGGGAGUGCAAAGAGAUCAUAAAUAAAGAACACCUGUGUAGAGGCUCAAGCGCUUCUGGUGUCAUCUGUAAUGGUUCUCUGGGGUUUCUUAACACUACCGCGGUUAAGCCAACAGUAACGCCUCUAUGGACAACUGCCGAUGGAACCACAGCCGCUGUUGCUGCUGCAGAUUUGCCUUUUGCGUCUCUGCCACUUCUCUCCACCAUCUCCCUGUCCAUCCUGCUCCUCGUGAUUGUCAUCACAAACACGGUGCUCUGCUGCCAUUACAGGAGAAAACACGCUUUCUUACUGCAGCAGACGCGCAGCAGCCCACGAACUCCAUCUGGUCAAAGCAACAACUAUCACGAGGCUGUUAAUCUCAUCAAAGUCACCGCCAACCCGGCGGAGACUGAUGUCCCCUCCAAUCCCAGGCUUCUUUGGACCCAGCUUAGUAGUGCUGACAGCACGUCAGUAGAUACAGACUAUGAGCAGUAUGACCCAAGCAUUGACCCGUCUGUCAAUUUAUCCACCUUUCGGAAUUCUCAGCGAUACAGAACAGACGUUAAUCCUUUGAUGAGGCCUUCAGGUCUUGAGAGCCUUUGUGAAGAAGGUCCUCAGCCCUCAAAUACAAUGACAGAAGCCUUUCCAAGCUGUAAUGGUGCCUCGACAUAUCCUCAGUAUGCCAGAGUGUCAAAGAUCUCAGUGGACUCAUUUGAGUCGUCCAGCACCUCCUCCGGUGAAUGCUAUGAAAACUUGCCCAAAGACUACGUCAACGUGACGCCUGAUCCUCUACCAUUGGAGUCGUUUGUUGGUCCUUCUGAUGCUUCAAAAUUCUCAUAUGGUCCUUUUCACUCUGGACAAACCUCAAACCUGCAGAGUUCAGAUGAAGAUGAACUCUACUCGCCUGUGAGCCCCGACUGAAACUCUGCGUCUGAGGAUGACUGCACAGCAAACCGAGGGUGUGGGAGAGUGUGAAGUCGUUUUCGUAAAGGAAAGACAUCCUGUAAGAUCAAGAAAAUGUAAGACGCUUACUGCGAUCAAUGCUGGGAUGUUCAAUGUGAUUGAUUCGCUUUUUAAAGCAAGUUUAAUUUUUGUACACAAAUGCAAAGCAAAGGCUGGAAGUCUGGAAGGCACAAAAUGAAUAUGUGUUCUGUGAAUGUAGCAGGAAUUGUAAUAUAGAAACAGGUGACAAAUUAAAAAGGAAAACCCAAACUUCUCUAAUGCUGUUGGGGGGAUUUUGCUGCCAGUAUUUAAAUCCUCUUUUGCUCUUACACCAAAAUGCCACUGCACGCUUAUCCUAUAGUUAACCAUAUCCAUACCAGUGGUAAUGGUCUCUCCCUGGGUGUCCAUGCUCUAACUCCUAUGGCAGAUUAUGGUUUGACAUGUUAGACAUCGCCUUUAAAAUAAUUAAAAAGCCAUAUUAGGAUUUUUUUUUUUUAAAUAAAGCCCUCCAACAGCAGCACAACACCACACUGAGACACUUUACUCGGGUUUUCUUUGAAAUUGUCACCUGUCUGUGUCUGUUUUGUGUUGUUUAUUAAAAGAUUUGUAAUAUUACAAUGUAUUAAGUUAA